UUCCCUGCAAAUUGGCAUUUUCAUUGACUGCAACUUGUUGUUGAAUCAGACGAAAGAUGACGGGAGGAAUGUCAACCAAGUAUGAUCCUCUCGAGGGCAAGAAUCUCAUCCUCCUGCGCAACCGGCGCAUGUAUCUCUUUCUCUCAGCCUGUGCUGCCGGUCUCUUCCUCUUUCUUAUUGUAUCUACAAUGCAUUCCUCUCAGAAAGCUGCCUUAUCAAAAUUACCACUGGAGACAGUCAAGUCACAAGGAGGAGCCAUGGCUACAUCGGACGAAGAAACUAGGUCCACGUCACCUUGUUCGAAGGAAACAAGACGAAAGGAAAUUCUUGGUUCUACAUUUUCUGAUUGGGAGAACAUGUGGGUUCGCGCAAAUGACAACAGCAUUCCGACAGUGUGGAGUGACGGAGGUGCUGGCUCUGGGGAUGGCACUCCGCCUGAGCCACUCGAAACAGCGAAUACUGACAGCUGCUGGCCUGGGUGGUGCAACUUCUUCAAUCCUACCGGUAAAUGCCAGUGCUACGCCGAGUGUGUUCAGAAGGGAAAUUGCUGCCCUGAUAUGCCGCAGGCGUGUGGCAUGCAGCAACCUACAGAUUUUGAAUUGACGUUAAAAAAUGUGUCUCUGUCCUCUAUCGUCAUCAGUUGGUCACCGACAGCAUGUGAAAAGUUCAGAAACACGAGCCAGUUUGCUGUUGAAUGGACAACGACGCCUGAAGGCAAUGCGACUGCACGCUGGUUACUGUUGCAUAAAUGGGAGUGCCCUGGGGAGACCUCCGCGCCGCUAAAUGUUCAGCAUGUGAAUUUGGCUCCACACAAGCGAUAUCAUUACCGAAUGGUUGCCCAGAAUACUUCUGGUUCAUAUCCCGUCUCCCAACAUGUUUCCGUUGUAACGGCUCCUGUUUGUGCUAUUGCUCCGCACUAUAACGAAGAAGUCACUAUACCGUUCCUGGUCAGCUCUCUAAUUGAUCACGUAGAUUAUUUCAUCAUUUUGGACAAUGGUUCGACCGACUACUCUCUGGACUUGGUACAAGUUCUAUAUCCUCAGCAUUUACAAUCCGGCCGCCUGCGGAUAAUACUUACCGGCGCAGCGAGGGGAAAUAUGGGAAUCGUGAGAACAAUGGGCAUCCAGCUCUCCCGAAAUCUUGGAUGCCGCUUUAUGGUCAGUUUGGAGGCGGACUCUGUUUUUUACGAUAAAGGGGCGGAAAGUAUCACGGAGUUAGCGCGGAAGAUUCCCAGCGGCGUUCGAUCUUUCCGGCAUGUGUGGCUUGAGAGUAUGCAGUUUGGUUGGAACACGACCGAGCAGUGGUUGGACGGAAUGACCUUAAUCACACAGAAGAGAAAUACCAGCGUAACCGGAGAUGUCAGACGUCAAGCAGCUCCUGUUAGUGGAAACUAUUUGUUACGUGUGCAAGGUGUUACUGCUCAUGGUGCUUAUUCCGACGAAGCAGCGGGACGUGGGGCUGAAAAUUAUUGGUAUGGGAGCGACAGAAGAGGCGAGAAUAUUCUCUAUGAGACUUGGGAGACUUGGCAUAUCCAUACCUCCCUAUUGCGGCCUACUGACCGCAAGACUGAGAAAUGGAAAGCCAUGGGACGUCCUCCACAAGAUGCAUACACCUGGACAGAUCCUACAGCGGUGCGGUUGAAGGUCGAAGAAUUACCCGAAGCCUUCUACAGAAUGACAGACGCUGUUCGGCGUAUGUAUUAUGAGUUGCAAUGCUCCUAAGGCAAUAAGAACUGUAAAUAUACACAGAGUUCAUGUAUUAAGUAUCUAUG